AUGGACUCUCUCAAUGGUGCAGCCGCCGACGUUCCCCGCCUCAAUGCUGAGCCAAUUCCUCGCCUGGGUCGUACAUUCGAGUGGCUGCUGAGCCACCUGAGUGAGGUGGCUACCAUGAUCAGGCUCGUAGAGGAGUUUCUUGUCCAGGGCAGUACCAUCUUGACCGCGCCACAGCUGUUGGUCGAGGUCAAAGAGUAUCAGCGCAACAACAACAUUAUCGUGCCAGCUCUGAAGAUUGCGGUCAAGGGAAUUAAGGACGACGACAGCCUGGGCGCAUUUAUUCAGCGAAUGGACGCGGCCAAGCUCCUUGACGCCAUCAAGUACAGCGACGAGCUCGUCAAGGUUUUGCUGGAGAAGAUGGACGAGCGGAAGAGUGGUGGCCCGGUGACCUUGCACAAGGUGACUUACUGGACCGUUCGGCUCGUCAAGCCGCGCGCACCCUCCUUGGCGCUCGUUACUCUGACUGCCUCGUUGAUUCUUCUCGGCCGCAUGAUGAUGACGGCGGUCACAGUUGGCUGGUUCAUGGUCAUCGACUUCUGCCUCGUUAUGGUCUGCAUCCUCGGGAACACGGCUGCUUGGGUCAACGCUUCACAAUAG